CACUUCACAAUGCCCUCUCUCUUCACUUCAUCACUACCACCUCCAAAUCAACGACUCACAACAAACGAUAUUCCUCCUCCUCCUCCUCCUCAUCUCCGAUCAUGCAGAUCUCAGCCGCUCUUCUUUUCUUUCUAUCAUCAUCGUUAUUUCUCGCUACAGUUCAUGGUUCCGCCCCGUCGCCGUCUCCCAUAUCCAACACGAUAUCUUUUUCGUCUGUCCAAAACUAUCCUUUCUCACCAGAAUCGUCCUUUGAUUAUAUAGCGCCAGUGCCGGUCACAGAAAACAAAGAAAGUUCAAAAUCCGGUUUGGCGCCAUCUCCAGCCCCUCAACUGGACAAAAGUUUCUCCUCAGCGCAUAACUUUAUUCCCUCGCCAGCACCGUCAUUUGACUCUUCGGUGCCGGUUCCGGUGCCGGUGACGGAGGAGGAGGAGGAGGAGGAGGAAGAAAGCGGGAAAUCAGGUGAUGAUGCUGUGGCGGGAUCGGAGACAUUGAAUUUGAGGUGGUGUACUGUGAGGGAAGAGUUUGAGGAAUGUCAAUAUAUCGUCAGUGUCUUUGACCAAUCCGAUGACUACACGUGGAAAUGUGUCAAAAGAGGCACAACUCAGGAUUGUCUAGACUCAAUAAACAAAGGGGAAGCAGAUAUAAUAAAUCUAGAAGCAGGGCUAGCUUACACUGCCUUCCUGAACUACUCCAUGAAAGCAAUUGCAAAUGAAGUUUACUGUGGACAUGCUCAAACUUAUGAUGCUGUUGCAGUAGUAAACAGAAAAUCUUGCCAGGAGAAAGAGGGCAUCAACUUGAUUUCUUUCCAGGGCCAUAAAUCUUGCCAUGGAAGUUACUCCACAGCAGCCGGUUGGAACUACCCCAUCAACCAAAUCAAACAAUCAUUAUUUGAUUCAGGAAAAACGAUCAAUGACCAUGAAAUCGCAUCGAGUUUCUUCUCCAAGGUUUGCGCGCCUUCUGAAUUGGAAGGAGUUGAUGAUGGUCUGUGUAGUGGAUGCGGAAAUGAAAAUGGUACUACAUGCCAUGAUACAAAUAGUUUGUAUUCUGGAGAAGCGGGAGCGUUUAGAUGCCUGGUGGAGGGACUUGGAGAUAUUGCAUUUCUGAAAGGAGAUACUGCAUUGUUGUUCUCCAGGGAGGGGCCGAAUAAUCAGUCUUGGUCGACAAAGUCACUUAGAGAUUUCAUGUAUCUUUGUCCGCAAGGGGGUUGCAGAGAAAUCAAUGGUUAUCCUGGAUCUUGCUCAUUCGGAGCUGUUCCCGCGAAUGUGAUUAUGGCGAGCAACUCUAUCCCAAACAAGAAGAGAUUGUUCGUUCUGCAAACAUUGACAAAUGCUACUAAGAUCAAUGCUCUUUAUGAAGGAAACAGCGGCCGUUUUACCCAGCUCCUUAGUCCAAGUACUCAGGAAUUUCUAGCCGUCAAGAAACUCACAAGAUCUUACCUUGGAAAAUCAGCUUCCAUUUCACAGAGAAUACAAGAACUAAAUAAUCCAGAACCUGAGGUCACCCCAUCUACUCUAAAUCCAAUACAAGUCACAGAUGUAUCUUCUUCCUCGCCACGCCUGCAUAAUUCACUAGUAAUCACGUUCUUUUCGAUCCUAAUUAUAGAACUCUUGUUACAUACAUUAUGUACACAAAAAUAGAGAAGAGGUCUCUAUGAGAUAUGAGGUUUGGCGACAAAUCUUGUAACAUUACACAGGAUAUGAGAUAUGUUUGCAUUCAGAUAAAGUUGAAUAUACAAUAUUUUUCAUUUUUGUAGUAAUUAAGGGAUGAGAGUCCUAAGAUAUAUAAACAGAAAGACAGUCUAUGCAAUAAUUAUUUUAAUUUUAUUCCUUUUGGUUAA